AGUCAAUGCGAUCAAACCGUUUUUUGAGUUUUAAAAUUUUAAAUCGAUUUUAUAUAUCCCAUCAAAGCUACUUUUGAUCCUGAAACGGUUUUAAUAAAUCUAAAUAUUUGAAAUCACGAAUCACAUUUAUAUUUGAAAUUUCUAUUUGAUUAUUUUUUCUUGGUGCCUUGCUUGAUUUGCUAUUUUUGUUUUACAGAAAAUUUAUUUAAAUUCUUACUCAAAUCUAAAUUAAAUGCGCUGAAAUCAUUAAAUAGAAGAAUCGGAAUUAUUCGAUACGAACUAAACAUGGCCUCUAAAUCAAUACUAGAUGAAUAUUACUGUAAGGGUGAUGUUGAUGUAAAACAUAAUGAUCCUAAACAGGAUUUUACAAAUGUUCCUGAGGAUACUAUAAUUGUGAAAGUAAAGCGUGGAAGCAAAAUUAAAAAUAUCUUAGGCUUUGUUGAAAAGAGCUUAAAGGAGGAGAAAAACCGAUAUAUGAUAUUUACUGGAUGUGGUGAUGCUAUUGAAAAGACAAUUUCUUGUGUUGAAAUUACUAAAACUAAGUUCCAGGGUCUUUAUCAAAUUUCUAGACUUAAUGCUUUAAGGGUUGAAGAAUUUUGGGAACCUAAAAAUCCUGAUUUGGAUAGAUUGCAGGUUACUAGAGAAAUUCCGAUGAUAAGUAUCCUUCUUUGUAAAGAUGCUUUGGAUUCCAAUGAAAGAGGUUACCAAGGUCCAAAAGAUUCUGGCCAUGUCCCCCAAAGAAAACACAAGAGGAAAAAGACCGAUGAUCAUACAUCUUUAGAAAGUAAAGAAGCUCAAGGAAAAUCUUGAUUUAUUAACAUGUGUGGAUGAAUUUAUUAUGUAAAUAUGUUUAUUUUGUUUUGUAUGAUAUAAUAGUUAUGAUAAAUAAAUAUAUGUAAGUUUAAAAAAAUAUAAUUUCUGCAGAGUGAGAACUUUCUUACUCAAUGUUAAAAAUUUGGUUUUAUGAAUAUUGUUGAAAGUUAAAAAAAGUUGAAGUGCAAAAGACGAGCAUCUUUUUACGAAGUUAAAGAAGUCUUUUUACGAAGUGAAAUUCUUAUGAAUUAAACCUUGUUUUUACAAUUUA